AUGGAUGGACGGAUAGACCUCCUUUAUGUUCCUCUUCUCCGUUACCUCAUUUCUAAAAUGUCUAUGGUUGAUUUCCCAAGUGAAUUCAGUCAGGUCAAACUAAAUCUAGAAAGGAAGGAGAGAAGUUGGAGACAGAAAGAUAGCAAUACAUACAGAUGGAGAGAGACUAGAAAGAGAGAUGAGAUGGAGAAAGAGAGAAAGGGGAAGCAGCUGGAGAGGAGAAGUUGGUCUCUUUGCAGCUCCAAAGCUCUUAAAGCCCCGAAGCUGUGUGGAGUGUAAAUGGGAGGAAAGAGAGAGAGAGAGAGAUAGAUAGAUAGAGGAAGAGAAGGAGAGAGCGAGAGGUAGAGGGAGGCUGGAUUGAGGAAAAGAAAAGCUAGAAGGGAGGGAGAGGGAAAGGGAGAGGAGGAGGGUUUGCGUUGGUGUGUUGGUUGGCAGAGAGAGUGCUUGUCAAAAAAAUCUUCUUCUGACAGAAGGCAUGAUUCACAGCAGAGAGAGAGGGAGAGGGGGAGACAAGCGUCAGAAAAAGCAAAAAACGGCAGCGAUAAAGAGAGAGGGAGAGAGAAAAACGACAGGGGCAGAGAUGCCGGUAAGAAAAACAAAUGAGGAUGCUUAUUUGAGGCAGAAUGACCAGACAUUUACAAGAUGGGACGGAGAUCGACGGACUGGAUUGACCGAUGCCUUUUAAUGACUGUGACCGUGUUGAUAAGACAGACGAUGGUAAUCAACAAACACUGCCAGAAUGAAAGGAGAAGAUUUGUGUGCAGCCUUUCUGUCGCUUUGUGUCUGACUGACUAAUGCUCCACUGGAAAAAGACUUCAUUGGCUCUGAACAGACAGCCAGAACAAUGAACACCUAAAAUGAAAACAAAUGCGGACAUGUUGGGAAGAGCGUGGGAGAGAAGAUGAGCUAAGAGCAGUAAACCUUUGGAUGUAAAAACUGGACAUAUUUUGUCUUAUAUUUUCAUGUUUUUCUUCUAAAUCUGGUUGGAGUAUUAUCUCGUUUACAUUGUUUUUAUGUCAUGAAACUUUUGACAAGCAGUUUUUUUUUUUUGCAGCAAUGCCAUACUUUGAUCAAAAUGUUGUCCUGACAACAAAAAUGCUUCAGUAUUUUACCAUAAAAGAAAAAGCAUUUCUCUUCUGCCAUGGCCCUCUCAAAACCAGCUGCCAUGCAUCUUGCACAUAUUGAAAUUUAUUUUGCAAGCUACAUUUUUCAGAAUUAGUAAAAUUAACAAAUUCACAAUUCACUCUUCAAACUUCAACCGUGCCUCCCACCAGUCCCUCCCACCGUCAGCCAUCCGACCAAUCAUGGGCAAGCCUCUUAGCCGUCCCGGGUGUUUCAGGAAGAGCUCCUGCUGCCUGGAGAAACAUGGAGCUGGGGAUGGAGGAUUGGGAGGGAGGGCUGGGGGAGUGGAAGGGGGAUACGGAGACGGCUACAUUCCCCAACGAUCCAUAUACGAUACCAUGUGCAUCAAUCAACAGAUUGACAGCCAUCACCAUCACCCUGGAGGGUCCAUAAGGCGAGACGGUGGAUGUGAGGGGAGUUUUAGCUACUCUGCAAGCGGCUCCCUAAGGGUAAGCAGGUCUCCAGCUGACAUGUUCGAUUCGCAGCCCCGCUCUCUAACUCCGAACCCCUCGUUUGUUCGACGACUGGAUGAAAGAGCCAUCUUUGAUUCAUUGAAGCUUGGCGGUCAGGAUGUUGAUGGUGGUGGCUGCCACUCGCCAGGAUGUAUCAACCGAUCAGUUUCUCCCUCCGUGUCAUCAUUCUCGGCACCAGGAGUGUCCUCCUCCUCAUCCAAGAAACACCACCAUCCCCACCACCAUCAACAUGGAGACAGUACAAAGAGCAGAGAUGGCCGACAUUCUUGGAAAGUCUUCACACCUCCAAAACACCUGGAGUGUCUGGAGCUUACUACAGCCGAUAUGAUGGACAGAGGAGGGGGGUAUCUGAACCCAGGACACUACCCUCCCCCUGGGGGCCAGUCUUCCUCUCUUACCUCCCCCCUCAUUUCCCCAUUCUCCGGCUCACCUCUUUCCUCUGGUUACCAUACUCCGGUCUUUUUCUCCCCUGCCAAACCUCGCCCCAGUCAGUCUCAGAGUUUGCGAUGUUCCCCUCCCCAGGUCAUCCAGCCAAGGCAUUACUCCCAAACCCAGAGUCUCAGGCUGUCACCCCCCCAGGAGCUUAGACGAUCUCCCUACCGUGCCCCGCUGGUCCAACUGUCUGCUCAUGACCUCGAGCAGGAAAUGAGGGACAGAGGAGGAGGAUGGGGCCGGAGUGAACGAGAAAGAGAGUGGGAGAGAGAGAGGGAAAGGGAGAUGGAGCGAGGGUGGGCCCAGCGAGAGUGGGAAAGAGAAAGGGAGAGGGGGAGGCUGGAGAGGGAGAAGGCGAGAGAAAGGGAGAGGAGGGAAACAACUUUUGGCACCUUUGGAUAUGGUCGACCAGUACCUCUGCGUUCAGACAGAGACUCUGUGUUUUUAGAGCACGACCAGGUUCUAGACACAACACCCCUGUUGCUCCCUCACCCCUCCCCCUCCCCCAAUGCUGCCCCCAGAAUGGGCACUGGCGCAGUGGGUAGGAAUAGAGCCGGGUCAAAGGUUGGCCCUGAAAGUGUAGGUGGUGGUAUGGUUUCAAAGUUUGACAACGGGAGUGUGGGUUUGGUGUUAGUUGACAGCAAAUCUGGGUGUGGGCAGAGGAUAGUAAGUGAAGUGGGAGUUGGAAACAUGUCAGAGGCUGAAAUCAGAGCUGGAAUACAAGAACACCACAGAGCUGAAAGUUGGAAUAAAUAUGAUAACGGAUCCAGGGCUAGCAGUAAAAAUGGGUCAGAAAUAAGAAUGGGCUCCCAAGUGAAAACAAGACCAGGUGGACGGGAUCUGGAAGGAAAAGUGCAGUCUGGGGUGGAGAUUGAAAAUAUGGCUCCAGCUUUGAACAAGGAGGGACACAGGGGAACAACAAGGAGUGGAGAAAAAACUGGAAGGGGUGUGGCUAAACCAGAACCUACUGCUGAGACUAUAUCUUCAACUGUGACUGACAUUAAUAACAGGAUUGGGCCUGGAGAUAAAGUUGAGAUUGGAGCUGGACCUGGUCUGGAGAUGAAGCCAGAGAUUGAGGCAGGGGUUGAGGCUAAAGUUAUUUUAAGGCAGGUGGAGAACAGGACUGAAACAGAAGCUGGAGGUGUAGCUACAGUUAACAAUGAGGUUGGUUUGGCAGCAGAGUCCAGGGUGGAAAUUAAAGAGACAGAAGUUAAGAUUGCUCCUACAUCUGAGCCUGAAGCAUUACUAGUGGCUGGGGUUAGUAUUGAGACAGGGACUAAAAGUAACAUUGAGAGUGGGGCCGUCGGUGAAACCCAAAACAGCAACAAGGCUACAGAAAAAGCUCACAUAAGUGUUGAGGCUGGGGAUAAAACUGAUACUGCCCCGGCAGAUCAGGCUGAGAAAAAACCUUUGGACAUUAAUAAAAUUAAAUCUAGCCAUGUAGAGAAAGGUUCCAGGUCCCACAAGUCCAAAUCAUCCAAGUCCAGCUCUAGGACCCGACCUGGAACGGCCACAGGGCUCCAACCAGGCGUGGUCAGCCCUCGCCUAAGCAGAGGAUUUGGAGACCUUGAGUCAACAGACCUUAAGUCUGAGGGCAUCGAGUCCACUUGGCCCCGCCGAAUCAUGGUCAGAAAGAGGACUGUUCGGCAAGGUGGGGCACUCCACAACCUCCCUAUCCUCCCCCCACUCCCCUCUGUCCUCUCAGCAUUGGAGAAGAGGCGCCCACUUGCCCAACUCCACCCCCGUCCAGGCCACUUCUCAGAGAACCCACUAACAACCAUUAUAAAUGCUACAAGUAUUGUGGGACGAUGCUCACUUAAAGAGCCCUCCCAUCUAGAACUAGGACCGGGGGCCAGUUUGGUAGGCAGGGCUUCCCUGAAGGAGCAGAACUUGGAGCAGUGGAGGGUCUGCAGAGAGCAGGAAGAACCCAGGAGAACCAAGAGCAAGGAGAGACAAGCAGAGCAGAGUAAGGAGAAGACUGAGAUUGAGGAGAGGAAGGGGAAGGGGAAGGGGAAGGAUGAGAAGCGAGACAAGGCGAGGACUGAAGAGAAAGACAAAAGGGAGGAGAAAGUGGGAAAGGAGAAAGAGAUAGUUACUAUCCAAAAGGGGCUGGUGGAGGAAACCAAACAAGAAAAGUCAGAGAGAAGGGUUAAAGGGAAAGUGGAAGAGGAUGGAAACAUAAAGGAAGAUGUAAAAAAGGAAACAAAUGUAGAAAUAAUGUUUGAAAAGGUUGAGGAUAGAGAAAUGCAGAUUAAGGAUGGAAUACAAGAGCGGCAUCGACAAGAGUUGGAGGAGGUGGUGGCUAAAUCAAAGAAAGAAGAAGUUGAGGUGGAGGGAGGAGAAGGAGGCACAUUUGGAGAUGAAGAGGGGAUAGAGAGUUGGGACGUUGUCCUUGACAUGGUCAACACAUUGUGGGAGGAUGGCUGGGAGAAAGGGGGAGCAGGAGGAAGUGGUGAUACAGAUUCCUUCUCGGGCUCCCUUCAACGUUGGCCUCUUCUCCGGCCCCCGAUUGGCUUUGGGGGCUCCCAUCCCCCCUCCUCGGCUGCUUCGGAGCUCAGCCUGACGGAGUUGGAAAGGAGAGCCAGGGAGCUGGACUCAGACCUGGAGCACCUUGACCUGUCUCAGCCCCAAAGGGACACCCAGGAUUUAUACCAAUCACUGCUGGAGCCACAGAGGGAACGAACGGACAUGUACCAAACACACCCUGGGCCGCAGAGAGAGAAAGUUGCUCUCUUGACAGGAAUGGGGAACAGAUCCCAGGUCAGUUUGGAGCUCAGUGCUAAGGCCUCACCAGCUACAGACACAGACAGACCUCCUGUUGAUUGGUCAACCAAAUCUGCUGGGACUUCCACUGUUGGCAAUAGCUCUACCAAGGAGGACAGCUCUCCAGACUCCAACCUUACGCUGGAAUCCGACUCCAGUGGCGUCUUCCUGUCCUUGUCCAAUCAGAGCCAGGAAGAAGCCGGUUCUGACAGCGACCAGCCAAUCAGUGGCUCUGACCUAGGCAGUAGCAGCACGUCACUGGAGAAAGACGGGGACGAUGUAGGGUUAAAGGAAUGGGGGAGGGAGGAGAGUGCAGAGCUACAGUGGUGCUACCCAUCACUCCUCGACACUUCCUUGCAUGAAGACAAAGAAGGAGAUAGCGGAAGAGAGAAAGCAGGGAAUGGAAAGAUGGUGAGAGAUGAAGAGAGAGGGAAAGAUGAGAAUGGAAGGUGGGUUGGUAAGAUAGGUUCUGUUUCAAUCACUAAGACCCCACUUGACCACGCAGACAGGGAGGGCCCCACGGCUUUAAAUGCCCCACAAAGUGAAGGGAUACCACCCAGGAAAAAAGUGACCAUCAUGGGAAGUGACUUUCCUCUUCCUCUGUCUCCCUCAAAACAACCAAUCAAACACCUUCUGGAUCCAAAUCAGAAGCCAAUCAGAAGCUCAGGCCUGGACUGUGGUGACUUAGAUCCCUUUGUCCAAUCGGACAGCUUUGUUUACCUUGCCGUGUCUGCAAGACCUGCCUCCCAGGGUGAAGUCACCACACUGACAGAAGUUCCCACCCAAGAUAUAAAACAAGACAGUGUACAGCAACAUCCAGAUAGCAUGAAAACACACUUGGACCAGUCAAAUAAAGAAUGGAUCGCCAAGCCAACUCAUUUUGCCCCCCAAAAACCAGAGGAAGGAGACUUUCUGUGCACUGACAGCUUUGUCUACCUGGCUGCUCCAGCCUGCCACCUACUGGGCCCUACAGGAACCGCACCCUACAGCGGAAGGGAGUCAGACUCAGAGAGUUCCGGAUCUGGCACUGUUGAUAUGUCACUACUGGGCUGUGGCUCAGUGGCAGGGGAUAGUGACUGGGACUCAGACCUGUCCGACUCCGAUCCCAGUCGCUCCUCCAGAACAUCUGCUGCUGGUAAUAAAUCUGCCGGCGUAUCACGGCCCAAGCGGUUGCCUGCUGAACCAGGCUGGGACAUGUUCGGAGAAACCACCGAACCUGAAGUGCUAAGCGAGCUCUUUACAGAACAGGACAAAAACAACAAUGGCAUGGCAAGGAAAGUUACCGGGGUCACCACCAGCAUGGCAGAUACACCAGCUAUUCCCAUGGCAACUCAGCAUGUCACUGCGCCAGUGAAACGGGUAGAAUCAGUAGAUCAGUCGUCAACUACAAAGAAGGUGACAUGGCAGUUUAAACCAGCCCAGAGGUCAGUCUGCACAGGAAGCAGGAAGGAUAAAGAGAAGGAAGGUACAUCAUCAUUGGUAAGGUUCACAGAACUUGAAGGAGGCGAUUCCCAUAGAACCCCCCCUUCAUCUUCAUCAUCUUCAUCAUCGUCACCAUCGUCAUCGUCUUCUGGUUGAUUUGUGAAGGAAAGGUUUUUUUUGUUCAGUCGGUUGAGAGGAGGUUUUAUUGCUGAAGCUGGGUUUUGUUUUCCUGGCUGCAACAACUACAUAUUUUCUUGGCUGUACAUUUUUUAUUUUGCAUCUAGCUGCUGCCAUUGCCUUCUUAUGACCUUCUAAAGGCUGCAUAAAAGACUAGUUAAUUGUUGCAUUUUCUUGGACUACUCUACACAAUAUAAUAUUUAAUCAGUUUAAGUUUGAGAUAGUGUGAGACUCAGGCUAAACAGAAACCUUUAGGUUGAGAUUGUGUGGAAACAUUGCCACUGAUAGAACACGUAGGUAAGAUUUGCAUAGUGUCAUUCCUAAUGGAUUUUUCAACAGUCAGGCUUGAUUUAUUAGUUAUACAUUAUUCUAUCUCUGAACAAGAAAUAUAAAUAGUACUGUGGUUUUUUUUAUUCUAUUGAAUGUACUGUAAAGGACAUACACAACUACAAGUGAAAACAAAAUUCACAUAUGAGGCAUUCCCAGUGGUUUGGCUUGCUCACCUGUAUUUACACAUUAUUACAGUGUUGGAAUUUAGUUACAAUAACAUACAAAUGAUUACAGUUGGAGAAAGGAAUUUCUGUCGGACACUGCCAUUGUGUUAUCUUGUUUAUAAGGAUCUAACAAUGUAAAUGUGUCUCAGGUCUUAUAUCAAAUUACACUUCCUUCCUCUAUGUAAUGCCUCACUUCAACACCUGCCCUUACUACUUCAUAUAUAUGCUUUUAAAACCGCCUGAGGUUGAAUUUUACAGUGUAAAAUGUAUUUUAUAAUCACAUCCAACUUUACAGUGUAUUUAACAGUGUGUCAAUAAUAUAUUUUGAAACAUUAAAAUAAUUAUAGAGCGAUAUAUAUAUAUAAAACAAAUAAUAUAUAUAUAUAUAUAUAUAUAUAUAUAUAUAUAUAUGAACAAAUAAUAGAAGGAUUUAGUAAUAACAUUUAAUUUAAAUGUUUUUAUUUAUAAAUUAAAUUGAAAUUGUCAAUGUUAAAAUUGGGCAAUAUGCUUACAAAUUCAUGCUAUAUUCUAUGUUUCAGAUGUGGAAAGUGUUGCCUGAGUGAUGUGUAUAAUAAUGGCUGAGUUUAAUUUUAUUUAUACAACCAAAUACUAAUUGUAAAUGCAGUCUUACACUAAUUUAGAGGUUCUAUGUUUAACAAUUUCAAACAUCAAUUUAUUAUCAGGUAGCUCGGUAUAAUGUAUACACAAUGAGACAUGAUAGAUAGCCUUUGUCUCACACCAGUGCUAGUUUUAGUGCUAGGAACUUCAUUUCCAGUAAUCCCCUUUCUUUCCUGUUUCUCCACGCCUCUGUGGCAUCUUGGGCUUUACUGAAGAGGGUAAACAUGUUGGAGAUGAUUUGCCUCUCACUCCCCUCCACCAAUUAAGAGAACAUUUUACAGUCUUAGCUUUUUUGCAUUGAAAGUGAAGCAAUCCAGAAGAUUUUUAUACAAAUCCAUGUCAGUGGUACUCUGGAAAUCCAGAGUUCUCACGAGAGAACAAUUUGCUCAGCGAGUUACUCUGGCAUCGAGUAACACUGCUCAUUAACUAUGCCCUUGUAGCCGAGCUGCACCAAUCACAUCGGUGUAUCUGAUGUAGGCGGGGCCAGAGGCAAGCUAAACCCAUGAUGACAGUUUAAUCUACCAGUUAGCUCCGCUGGUAGCUAGCAUAUGGGGCUCUGGAUACGUCACCCUGUGUGUUGUUGUGAUUGGUUGUAGUGUUAUCCAAUUGCGUGUAGUGAGAUUUUCAAAUGCACGCUUGGUGCCGCCCCUCGAGAUGGGCAACUUUCAUUACUCGAUGCUAGAUAAUCUUUGAGAUUUGGGUCUGGAUUUCUAGGCUAUGUCAGUGGCACUCAAUGUAAAAUGCAGUGUGGAGACCAGUAGAGCUGCCAAUCAUCCCAGCAGUGGUUCUGUUGUUGACUAAUUAUACUAAUGUUUCAAAAUGAAUGUGGUAAUCAUUUACUGAUGUUAACAACUACACAUGUAGCACCUUUAAAAGAGAGCACAGUGCUAGCAGAUUUAUCCUAUCACAAAUGUGACAAAGGAAACGCGUAAGGUUGACAAAUCCUUAUCACUUAAUCAAUAAUAAUUAUCUUUACAAUACGAUGUGGCUAUGGAAGGAUGUGUGGGAAGUUAGGUCCCGGCAGGCAAAUGUUUCCUCAGCAGGUGCACUCAUGCAUUUUUAAAUAUGCACUUGAAUUUCAAAUUGGGCAGUGGGAGGAAACUGUUUGAAUUAUGACAAACUCCACGGCAAGUAAAUUUGUCUUUGUGUUAUCAGUGUUGAACGUCAAGGUAAUGGCGCUACAUUUUGAAAGGUGAAUCUAUUUUGGGGAUGAUGCAGCCAUAUUUUUUUUGAUUUGACUGCAACUGAUGUCGUAACAUUGGUGUUUUUUUGUUUUAGUUUUUUUCUGCAAACUGAGAACUGUUGCAUUGUGCAGCUUUAACUGCUAUUAUGGACAUUGAAAUUUGCCGCCAGUCCCUGUUCUUAAUGAUGCUGCUCUGUGCAAACCAACAGGAUUUAGUAGAAGUCUAAAUGCACCUGUCUCGUUUAGUAAUAGAUUUAUUAUUUAUUGUUUUAUAUUUUCUGGUGUUUUCGAGCAUAUAUUUACAAGUACAUCCAUGAAGGAAUUACAUACUUUGUCAGCAGUGAUCUGUAUUUUUAAAGCUGCAAGAUUGUGGGAAUGUCUUAGGAAGUGAAUGUGUUACCAGGGAUUGAGCUAAUGACUAUCAAAGGUUUGACAUGACCACAACUUCUGUCUACUUGUUAUUUUCUAAACCAUGUCAAAAUGCAUUGAAUGUACAGGUGUUGAGAUUGUUAUAAAACCUUAUAGCAGCAGUUUUAAAAGAUGAAAAGUGAUCUGUGUGGACAUUUUGGCAUGGAUUAACGGCACAGAUUUGUUACCUUGUUGCCUAUUACACUUCCAUGGCAGGGGAAACCAACCAGUACCCAUGUGGUUCAGGUUUGACCUUCCCUUUGUUGUGUAUGUCAGUUUGUGGUAAUUUGAUUAAACACAAAAUUAUGUAAGAAAAUGCACCAUAUAACACUCAAGGGGGGUAUUAGGCUCCGCAAAAUCCGUUAAUUGUGGACUUGCAGCGCUGGGUUAGGCUACUUGAAAGUUAUCAAUAACUUAUUACUUACUGAAAAAGAUAUUGCUUCACUUUACUAAUUAUUCAGCAGAAAAAGUAUGUUAGGCUGCAUUACUUGAUUACUUUGGUUAUCCUGCCCAGCUCUGUCCGAGGUGCCUUUAAACAACUCCAAAUUCUCCACACCCAGACCGUUGUCAUUGCCUGGUUGUCAAAUACUGACGCUUUGUCACAAUCUUUGUCAGUAACAGUUGUUCAUUAACUUAAAUCAAUCAUUUUUAGCCUUGCUUUUUUGGUUUGAAUAUUACAAAAAUAGUUCCUGUACAUCAGACUGUCUGCCAUUGGUGUUGCUUGGCAAUGUUUGGUAAAACAAAAAGGACCAUGUUUUACAAGGUUGGGUAAAGACUUUUAAAAUUCAUACAAGUUUUAAAAUUAGAAAAGAAAAAAAAUUCACUGGUUGCUUUAAGCCUUGUAUCAUACGCAGUUGAAAACGUCAGAGAAUAGGGCUAUCGCUAACGCUAACGCUAUGUAGCUAGCUCUCUCGCUUUCCCUUACACAGGCUGCGUCUCUCUCCUCCGGUCACGGACACACACACACACAACUCGUUUGUUCUUUAUCACUGUCUCUUACCUUUCCCAUGUCUCUAGUUUUCUUUUUCUUCUGUUGCAGUUUAGCUCACAUUUCCUCUCUCCUUUCGCCUGCAGCUGUCCCUCAGACCUUCCGACUGUUAGCUUAAUGCUAAAGCUAACAGAUUUUAAAAGUCCUCUCUUUCCUCCACCUACAGUACCCUUGGUUGAUUUGAUAUUCCAGAACCACAUAAACAUCCAAAAUGGAAUCUGCCGGGUUAUUUUUGAUCUAUAUCUUGUUGAUCAUACAUCUGACAACAGCCCCAGGCUCUUAAGCUAAGCCUUUUGCCUAGACUUUGGGUGCCACAAACAGGUUAUGGUGUUUACCGGUUACAGGCUACUGUACGGUUAUUAAAAGUUGAUUCACAUCUCCCAAUCAUAAUCAAUAAUUCUCAGUGGCCAUGGUGUAAACCAAUACAAUAAUAAAAAAAUAUUUGGGGUCACAAAGUAAAUUCAUAAGUAAAUGCAUGUCUUAUUUGAUGUGGUGCCAACAAAUCUGCAAUUAAUCAAAUUACCAAAGACCUUUGACGCACAGUGAACCUGGAACUUUUGGGGCCUCGGGUCAUGUCCAAGCUUUGUUUAAUCCAGCUUUGCAUUUUGUUAUCUAUGAGUGCAUUAUUAAAUUCAGGUAGUGUAUCUUUUAGAAACAUGAAAGAAUUAGCUCUUGUUUGAAAGUGUCCAAACUCACAUUGUGAUAUUGCACAUAGUCUGGACACAGUCCACUCACAUUUCACAUAUGGGCACUAUAAAGGCAUGGAGCGGGUGUAGGUGUUAUGACUAUGAGAGACACCAUUUUCAAUGAUGCAAUCUUCUUUUUAUUCUGCAUGAAAAAUUGCAUUGUAACUGGGGUUGCACAAUAAGAGGAAAACGUCUAAUUGUGAUUAUUUUUGACUGACAUUACGAUAUGAUUCACGAUAUUGGAGGGAAUGAUAAUUUUUGAAUCAUUCGCAUGGUCAUUGAAAAAUAUUAAACUUAAAAUGAUUGUAGUGUGAUGGUUGCGAGGCUUUAGUCUGUUGGAUACAAUUUCUAGGCUGGGACGUCUCUGAAGCACCACAAUGCUUAAUUCAGAAUGGUUCAACACAUAUUUUGCCUUUAAAAAAAAUAUUACGCCCCCAUUUGGAUAUUGAACUAGUCCACAUACAGCUAUACUAGUCCAUAUAUUUCUAUAUGAAUUGUGCUGCCCCAAUUGGUAGAUUACCGUAUAGAUCAGGUUUAGAGCCAGUUUACCCCUGCAGCUCCACAGUUGGGCUCCAGGCAGUUUCUUGGUGGUUCUCUGCCAGCUCUGGCAUGUCAUGUACGGAGAGCCGUGCUGUUUAUUUGAAGCUGACUUCUUUUUGCUGUUAAAAUGGGACAAGGCCAUGGCAUUCAUGCAACUACAUGGACAAACUGUCUGGUGUUCCCCACUGCCUAUUGCAUCACACCAGCCCUUCGUUUCUUGCUGAGGUGUCAUGCAAAUAUUAAUUAAAUCUAACCUGUGGGAGAUUUUCUCUAUUAAACAUUUGGCACUAUGCUGUGUAACACUUGAAAACCUGGUUUCUAUUGGAAUAAUAGCAAUUUUUUUCAAACCCUACUGCUUUACUGUCUGCUGGAUAGAUUGUCUUAAUAACUCAACUUUAAAGCUCACACAUCGGACCAAAGGAGAAGAUGGGCCAGAUAGUUUUCUGUACAAUUUUUUAUCAAUGAAACAAUCUUUGAUUUUCCACUCGCAUUAAACUGUGGCAAGGCAUCUAGUUUCACUGUGAUAUAUUAAGCAUCCAUUACUUUACAUCUGCACUGACUUUUGUAAAAUUCAUUAAUAUCAGGCCUUACGCGUCAUAAUAACAAAAAUAAUAAUACUUUGCUGUUCAUGUUAAUGCUGAUCCCUGUUAAAGCUUAUUGGUGAUUAAGAACUAAGACCUGAGAGACUUCUUAGUGGACAAAGAUGAUUUAUGUAAAAUCUUAUUGUGUACCGUAUUCCCAAGCCUUGUUGAAAUGCAUUAAUGUGCAAAUAAAGACUAAACUUGAUGGUGAACCAUGA